GAGCACCAGUCGUUGACGAUAUACCGCCAAGUCGUAACGACUAUUCCCAAAAGGCACACGCGACAAAAAAAAAACAACAUUCAAGCUCUUAUCGGUACCACCGUCUUCAAGCACAGUCGAUUCCAGUUAAAAUGUAAUCAGCAGUUUGUUUAGUGAUAGUGAUACCACCCCGGAUACUGCGCUCAGCGAUAUCGGUUUCAGUUCGCUAUUUUGUCAGUGCGGUCCGUGGGACACCCAUGAUAACAUCGCGUGUCUCAUGAAACAGUGUUAAGUGAUGCCCACUUGAGGUGAUACAUACAUUUCAUCAGUGUCUGUCAGAGCGGUCCUUGGGACCCCUCUAUAAAAUCGUGCUACUCCAGACCACUUCUCUUCGGUGACAUUCGUUAGAAACACACACAUUUUGGCCGUCCACGGGGCACAGUAUACUCAUUCAGUUAUUUACGCUAGAAGUGAUACAAUUGUUCAGUGUUUCUCAGUGCGGUCCGUGGGACCUUUGGUUAAGGUGACGCGUUGAAGUGAUGUGAGUCAUGACGUCAAAUCAGAGUUAUUACACCAACCCUGCUUUUUGUCAGCAAAGUGAGUUUGUUGGGGCUCCUCCAAGGGCUUUGAGUCCUCAAGGGAGUGUGAGGCAAUCUCCAGUUGGUGCUCAAACUAUUCCCAAAGUGCACGAUACUUCUUUCGCGGAGAACGAUGCUGAUGGAGUCCAGGAGCAGGAGUUUUACGAAGAAGUUGUUGUUGAUGAUCAAGGGUUUAUUACGGAUAAGAAAGUGGUCGUUGUCGCACAAAAUAACGAAGGCAAGAAAUACAUCCAACUCCCACACAACGACGACAGAUAUGGAAGCAGGUAUCAAAUGCCCCAGGAAGAAAAGAAGAUGAUGCAGAUUGAAGAAAGUUAUGGUAGCCGGUACCAAAUUGCUCAAUCCGAAAGGAAAUUGACACGAAACGAAGUUAGGUAUGGGAGUCUCUAUCAAGUCUCCAUGGAAGAAAGAAAAGGCAGUAGGUACGGAGUACCUCAGACGCAACAGGUGAAACUUCAAAGAAGCCAAAGCCAACGGUACGAGUAUAUCCCGAUGCAAGAACAAGACAGCAGAACAAUCGUCCAAAGAGCAACUUCGAAGAAACUCCAAUAUCGUGAGGAACAUGGGGAAGUUUCAUCAGGAAGAGUGCAUACGUACGCCGUGAUUGAACCGGAAGAAGAGACCGAGUUGACUGGAAAGAACCAGAGAUAUGCUUUAGUGCCUGUGGAUCAGCUUUCUCAACGACUAGUGGUUAGUCAGGCUAGUGGUGGGAGGUAUGAGUACAUUCAGGACCAACAACCUCCUCAAAGCCCCAAUCGGUACGAAUACAUACAAAACUUGCCCCCACGAUCUCAAAACAGAUACGAGUAUAUCCAACAGUCGUCACCAAGAGUCGGCAAUCCCGCUGCAACCCAAAAACUUCACGAACUUCUCACUACACCAAGAAAAGCUACUCCCAGCUCGGUGAUGUCACCUAGAUCGCAACGAAAACUCUUACCUCCAUUAUCUCCCAUUCCAAAGGAGCCUUUUCAAACCAAGACUCCACAAAGAACGCCUCCAAAAGCUCAACAGAAGCUCAAUUACGCUCUGGGUACAAGACAGAUGGUACCUGACAAAAGAACAACAGCAGUGGUAGCUCCAAUAUGUUCCAGCCCUAUACAGAGUGUUUAUAGCGAAACGACAUUUUCAAAAUCGGGUUCCUGGAUGAAUGUGAGCCUCAAAAAGGCUCCUGUUCAGGCCACGCUGACAGUGGCUGCAACAAUGAUGUUCCUAUGUGGAGCUGUGACUUCAGGGCUGUGUUUUUAUAUGAUUUCUGUGAUGGGAAGGCAGUACUUUCUAGAUUUUGGAGUUAUAGCUGGAUUUACGUGUUUUACACUGGGGCUGCUGGGGUAUAGAUCGAGGAAUGUCUAUUGGUUGCCGAAUAGAAACUACAUAUCAGGUUACCUGUUGCUGAGUGUCUUCAGCUUACUGACAAGUACCGGCCUGUUGGUACUCCUUACGCAGCGACCACGUCCUGGAACACCAUUGGCGGACGUGACUUCCGGUGCCGUCUGCGGCGUCGCGGCGCUGUCAUUGGCUCUCGCGGCCGCAGGCGUUGUUGCCACGUAUUGCUGUCGGUAUCCGCCGCCUGACAAUCGCGUGCAACAUUGCGCAGAGGGGUUUUCAGUGUAAAGUAUAAUGAAAGUUUCCGCAACGCUUUUACAAGUCAGGCAGUCGAGCCAGAUGAUUUUGUUACUUCGAAUAAAUUUUACAGAGCUUUUAUAAUGUCAGAUUAUCGGGAUAGCUCGAUAAAAAAUCUUCUAGAAAAAACUCCAAGUAUUAACAGAGUCAAACACAACAUACACUAGCACUAAGUACGUCCAAUCAUAACUCAGAAAAUCCGAUUAAUUGCAGUCCUAGAAAACCUGAUACAGCAUGUUGAAAUUGUUUUAAUUCACAAAGAGAAGACUAAAUUAUAUCGAAAGCGUUUACACAUGACUCUAAGCAGUUUCUAAAUUCAUUACAUAAAAUAUGACAACUGACUUACUGCAAUCCCUACAGAAAAAAUAAUAUACUUUUCAAGCCAUAUUUCAAAAUAUCUUUCUCAUAUUUGAGCAACGCAUUUAAUAUUGUAAAGGUACCUCCUAAAGUAUUUGGGAAAGUAGCGAUGCAGACAGCAGACACCGCUGUUUCGUGCUUAUAAGAAACUCGUCAGUACGGUAUAGGUCGAGUUUUGGAAACAGAUGAAAGGGAAGCAAACAAGUGGGUAUGGUCUCUCUGUGUAUCGCCAUAAAGUUACUUAAAACAACGCUUUUAAUUUAUCCCGAAAGUACUUUACGGCCCCUGUUAAAACUUUUACAGGAACUUUUCAUUCUAUUUUUUACUAGACUUUCCACCUUGGAAAUAUACUGUACACAUUGAAAAACAAAUAUCAUCGAUAAGUUUGAAGAAAAUAUUUCUGUUUAUGUAUUCCUUGUUAGUAUUGUGCGCGCACUUAGAGUGAACGACUACAUGAAAGCGUAAACCGGAAAUUAAAGAAAGGAAAAAGCCUUGGAACGAAAACAGGGGGACUUAGUUGUAGGGUUGGUAAAUAAAAUGAAAAGAAGCAUAACACGCUUUACCGACAGAGCAUGACGUAAGGGAGACGGUGGUGAUCAGUCUAGUGUAACAAGAAACAUUUUUACCGAAUUUGUUGAUAUGGUAUUCACGAUUUAACAUUGUUAACUUGUUGUCCGGAUAUAAUGGAUGAACACUUAGAUAUACCUGUACGUAUAUUAUAAUAUAUAAGUAAUAUUGAAAGGAUAAAAUAUGAAGAUAAUUAUGAUGGUACUAUUGCGAACCAACAUAAAGCAGACUGAUGUCGAACUUGAAAAGAACGUAAUGCCAAAGACUAGAUGAUCCUACUUCCUGUAAUAAAUGGUGAUUUGACGAGUAUUGCUGUGUGAAUAUUAUGUCUACUGUGGUAAAAAUGUUUUUUGAGAUGUGAUUUGAGAUAAUAUGUUUCUUGAACGAUUUUUAACGCAGGAAAGAAAAGAUAAAGAAGCAGAAUUAAAACAAGUGAUACGUAUCAUAAAAUUACUAAUAAAGGUAAUACUUUCCUGCGUUAAAAUUCAAAAAGGAAUUGUUAAAUGUUCACCACCAGUGAAAAAUAAAUGUCUGAUAUAGUUUUAGAUUUAACUAUUUUUGUGAAUUUGUAAAACUGUGUACAGCGAAUGUCUAAGUUAAAGGAUGAUCUGAGAGAUGCUAAUGGUAGCAGUUCCACAUCCAUCAUCCUAAGGAAGCUUUGAUCCACCAUUCAUUAAACUGAAUCAUAAUUACAGAAAAACAAACGUAAUGAUUGAGAAGCCGAUUCUAGAUCUUAAGUCCUAAACAACAAGUAAUUCUUCAUCUCAUUUUUAGGUACACCAUAAAAUAUACUUACAGAGACAGACUUGUUUAUCAGGAUUUGCAUUCAUUUAGUUUAUUCAGUUUUCAAACUAUAAUUCUAUAAUACGUAUUUGUGUAAUUGAUAGCCUACGUUUUAAUUUGUAGAGAUUACAUUAUUAAGCUUGUUUCUUUGAACAGUGUAAAAUUGCACUCACUGAUUCUCAGCGUACUGUGAGAACUGUUUAAUUAUCUAAACCAGCGUGUAAUCUGAGGCAAUACAUUUUUGAUCGAUUAAAAAAGUGGAAUGAAUCAUUUAAACAAUUCUGCAAUGGUCCACUAUGCUGUGUCAGUCUUUCUCUUAUUCAACAGUUCAACAGCUUUGUCGAUUUUAGAUCUGCUAGAUACAAACAAUGAUAGUGGUUUCAAAGCUUCUCGAGCUUGAAAUGUAGUAUAAGCUUUUUUCGGUUCAUUUUUUAAUUCUGCACUAGAAAUACUUUUGUACUUCCAAAAGAGGUUAUUUCUGGGAAGCUGAAAACCAUGUGUAACCUUUACCUUAAGGAACUUACAACAUAGAUACAUUUUUUAAUUUUUGUAUGCAACAUGUAUGUAUAUUAUAUCUAUUGCGUUAUCAAUAGUGGUGAACCACAAAUACUUUUCACAAAUGAAGAAAAAUAUUUGUUGUUAAAAUUGUAACAGUAUUUUUAUACAACGUUUAUCCAAAGAGGUUUAGUAGUCACAUAAUGAUUUUGUUAUAUAUAUUUUUAAAUAGAAC